GGUUGAAUAAAAUAAAAAUAAACAUUUAUACAUGUAUGUAAUAAUAAUAUUUGAAUUUCACUAAUUAAAAAGCGCUAUGAACUUUAGUAUAAUCGCGGUGCAUUUAACAAUGCAAUUCAAAGCGCGUUAAAAUAUCGAAUACACGCGUUGAUGUAUUCCAAACACGAAUUUUUCACGCAUGCAGAUACGUCUACGAUCCAAUUGUUGGGUAACAUGACGCGACCGGUUCGUCGGGGGCCACAAAACGGCCCGAUUGGCCGCAGGCCAGACGCGGGAAAGAAGGGCGACGCGAAUCGACCAGCUGACCCAAUGUGUCCGGACGAGACUGACCUCGAACCAUGGCAUCUCUUUCCUUUUCUUUCAGAUGAAGCUUUAUCAAAUGUUAGAGCUUCCAGGAUACAGAGGGACCUAGAGGGAGUGACUACAGUCCUCUUGGUUUCGGCACGCCCUGGAAAGUCCGUACCUCCCGUUGGAUUACUGACAAAAACUGCACGAACAUUCGUGCAGGACGGUGCGAGCACCGAAUUCGCCACUCAGGUUCUUGGCACGACCCUAGACAAUGGUCGUCUCUACGCGAGAAUUCUAUCCACAUCCAGCAGAGUAUUCUACGAUAAAGAGCCGAGUCCAGAUCCAUCAAGUCCCUAUGUUGUUUAUCCCUCAAGAGCACCAGAAGAUGAUUGGCGGCUCAGAGUGGCUCUUGAUAAUGCGCCGAUCAGAGCCAUAGAAGAGCUAGAAGCGCCGAGCGAUGCGGAAUCAAGCGACUCGGAGAAACAGAAAGAAACGGGAAAUACCUCGAAACUGGACGAAUUGUCCAGAGAAAAUGAUAUAUUCAGCAAGAGAGAGCUAAAUGUUGAUGCGCAACGAUUCAAACCGGCAAAGGUUCGACCAGCCGAUAAUCUACCCACUUACACCGUCAAGCACGAGUACGUAUCGAGCAGCUUCGAUUCCUUUGACGAUGCGCAAUCCAAAAGCUUUAGGCCACGAGUGCCGAAGAUCUUCAAGCCACAGCUAAGACCUGUGCCACAAAAGAAGCCGGACACGAAGCCUCUUGCUACGGUGACUUAUCAUGGUUUUGCGGACUUCACGACUACGGUUGGCGACACUGUUAUCGUCUUUUCGCCAAGCACAUCGCCGGCACCAGUGGGACGCCCGGCUACUACGAUCAAAGGCGACGCCACACUUCGACCAGACGACGGCGUGGCAGUACUGAAGAUUCGGCCUACGACCGUCAUGGAACAAGCAAGAACUGAUUUACCCUACAAAGGAGGCCAGAAGCAUGAAGACCAACUUUUGAGUGCUAUCAACCGUGCUAAUAUCCAACCUAGCGUUACCGAAGACGUCGAGGUUGAAUCCUCCAAGAUGUCCACAGAACCGUUAUUGAUGAUACCUGACGUUGAAACGGGAUCGUUAAAGCCAACAGGUCUUUUAAAAGUUGUUGAUUCAACAACAUCAUUAGAUGGCACUACAACUCAUUACAAGAGUCAUAUUUAUGGCACUUAUAUUGGCACCAAUUACGCGCAAAUCAUUCACACGUCGUCAAACGUGUACUUUUUCCCAGAUGAAGCCACCGUAACGUACGGAGCUGACGACACUACAGUAGAAUACGGCACAACAGGAACGGAAUCUGACCAGGACACUACUGUUGAAGCAUUACCUUCUACCACACCGACGACAAUCACAACCAGUGAGGAAACACCAUUUGAAAUGAAUGAACUCACUACUCCACUAAAAGGUACGACAGACAGCGUUUUGACGACUUUGAAGGACAUAUUGGAAAGUGCGAGGAGAGUGUUAGGAACGACGGAGUCAAUGAUGCCAACUUUGGACGAUGAAAUUCCUAAUGAUAUCGUACCAGGCGACCCUCAAGGUCGCAGUAUUAAAGGCGGCUCUUCUCAAAAUGGUCUCCGACCUAUCGAACACAAAUUACAUGAAGGGAAAGCGACGCUGGCCACUAGAUUAUUACCUUCUACCGUCUACAAAACGUUUACAUAUUUCACAACUUUCUUUAUUCCUAAUGGCAAUGAUCAGACUACGACCUCGAUACGUUCUCGAGAAGUAGUCUCUUCCGAAGUAACCUUUUUAACAGAAUUGAUUCGUCCUAGUGCGACCGACUCGAUCCGUUCUACUGCUUCUUUGCCAUCAGAUACGACGCAAAAAACACCAAAUCUGUCCAGUGAAAUGGAAGAGGAGCAAACUACUAAGCAAGAUGAGGAAAUAGAGCUCAUUUUCAAGACUCUGUACACAACGUAUACAUAUCUAACAACCUUCUUCCAAGAAAAUACAUCAAGCGUAUCUAGUCGACAAGUUGUCGAGACUAACGUAAUCACGCAGACUAUUGGACCGAAUGGCGUUUCCGCCGUUGUUGCUGGUCUUUUCGAAAAGGAUGACUCCACUUUAAUAUCACCAACAACGAUAUCGCAGAAUGUUUUACCAUCUAUAACAAAUGCUCGAACUCCUGAGUAUUUUAACAAAGGUACCGAGCCAAUUAAUGAGGACGAAACGACAGAAAAAAAUCCAACUACUUUCCAGCAGCAGGACACUACGACAGGAAACGAAAAUGUUCCAACGGAAUCUAUCACAACCAUCGAUGAUUUUGAGACAUCCGAUGGAUGGAUCACUGAUUUAGAACCGAGCCCCACUCCAGCUAUGGCGAGUGAAGCGAUAAAAGAACAAAUUAAGACUUAUUACACGACUUACACAUACUUUACUACGAUUUUUGUGGAUGAUGAAACAGAAAUUGAGACGCGAACCGAGGUCUUCACUAACGUUGUUACAGAAACUAUUACACCUACAAACGUUCAAUCAAUUCCGCAGGAAACAACUCAAGCAGCAACAUCGAAAUCUGAAUCUGCUGUUCCUCCAGAAAUCUUAGCUUAUCUAGAGGCUCUUCAACGUCAGAAAUCUCAGGAAGAGGCUCUCUCAUUGGCAAAGAAAGUUCAGCAAGCAAAUGCUCAAACAACGCAAAAUGAUAAAUCUGUUACUUCGAUUGAAAGCAUCACCGAGCCAACGACAGAAAUGCCUACUACCUGGGAAGAUCAACCUACUACCGAGCGCUUAUUCCGCAAUUUCCAAGUUGGCGCACAAGUUACGCCCAAUCCUCCGACUGAUGUGGAAGUAUUGGGUUCUAUGAUUACGGACGUUGUGUCGUCUUCCAGUUCUGGUGGUGGUACAGUUCUCGAUGUGGACAAGAGAAAUAUAGUUCCCGAAGAUCAAGAAUUAUCAGAGUCUAACAAUCACGAAGUAGAGCCAGCGCCGACAUUACUUUUGCAGACUAGUUAUACCACUUUUACGUAUUUCACGACGAUGUACAAAGGCGAUCAAACGAAUGUCGCCAGUCGUUUGGAAACAGUUACAAAUGUUGUCACGGAAACUUUAAAACCGUCUCCAGUGGCACCGGUUCCAACUAGUACGCUGCCCGUGACAUAUUUCACGACCUUUACUUAUUGGACGACAUUCUAUAAAGGUGGUGAUAUCAUAACAACCAGCCGCGAGGAAACGGUUAGCAACGUCGUUACGCCAGGAGUAUCACCCACGCCAACGGUGGAACUUGGUGUAAUAAUGACUUAUACACCAACUCUGAAUCCACCUGAGGAGGAUACUCCGAUAAACGAAAAAGAAUCUAAAGUCACGGCAGAUAACGAAGUUACACCUUUAGGCAGCGGUGUAUCUGAAGAACCUGUCACCGACAAUGCAGACAUUCUAUCUAAAGGAAUCAUAACCGGCUCUUAUAAUCAGAGUUCCAUAAAUGCUUCAGCAAUUUCGCCCGAACCUGUAACCUUUUAUACUACAUUCACUUACUUCACUACAUCCUACAUUGGAAACGAGACAAUUUUGAAUAGCAGAUUGGAAACAGUAACUAGUGUAUCGACACCAGAUGUUACGACGCAACAGGCAACCGGCCGAGCGAUUGAUGGGCCUGUGUAUCCGUCAAUUCAGACACUGGGUACCGACGACAAGACAAUUGUGGCUUCCAAAACAGAAGCUCCGAAAACAGGUUUAAUUUCUACGAUACACUCAAGCGAGGUGCACGAUGAUACUACAACUCAUUACACGACGGAUGUGUACGGUACUUACAUAGAUGGAUAUUAUGCACAAGUGGUGAAGAGCUCGACAACGAUAGAGACACCACCGUUACCGUCCUUGACAGCUACUCCGGUUCUUCCUACGGGUGUUUUGUCCUUAAAUAAAGGAAGCGUAAUAGAUGCCGAUGAAGUUACUACAGUUUACUUUACGACUAUGCAAAUUGGUACUCUUCUGAAUGGGAUUUAUGCUAAAGUGAUCGAGAGUACAUCGAGUACUAAAAUAGACGAAGAGAAAAAAGCGAGUAUCGUACCACUUCAAGGUCAUCGGACUGGCCUAGUGCGUCUGAUUCAAGGCCAAAUUGAAAAUAACGAAACUACCACGUUUUAUCAAUCAAAAGUUAUCGGCACCAGCAUCGAGGGCAGAUAUGCUCAAAUAAUCGAAAGUACUUCUAGCUAUUUUGUAUCAAGUCCCACAAGUAUUGCACCGACUUCUACUUUAUCUCCAAGCCAAUCAACGAAUAUCCCGGAAAUUUCACCUUUCCCUGCUGUCAUCCAAUCUUCUCUGUCCGAGGAGCCUACAACAGCUCAUGAGGAAGACGAAGACUCCGAACAGAAUGAGGAAGACGAUGAAGAAGGUGAAGAGGGCGAAGACCAAAGUUCUAAAAAGAAAUCACGGUUGACAUUUUCGACUAGAAAGAGAACUUUCACGCCAGUAAUUAGACCGUUUGCCUCCAGAAAUAGACCGACUUUCAAUCCGAAACGUAAAGGCGCGCAAGCUGCAACGACCAUUACUCGAACGGAUAUAACUCCUACAAUAACUGCUACUUUAGCUGGUAAGGGUAACAGAUUUGCGUCGUCACGAGGUCGUGUCACUUCGCCUAUUGGGCCAUAUUCUUCGACAUUAACUCCAUCAAGUUCUAGAAGAUUCCCGGGUAGACGGGGAACCGCCACCUCGAGUUCAUACAGCUCGGCAUUUGCAACGGGUAGUACUCGAGGUAGAGGGCAGCCUAGAAUAACUCCUUCGUCUGUAUUUCAAAGUAACAGACGCGGCCCUACAUCAAUAAGAGGAUCUUCCGUUAGAGCUGCAGUUCGCUCUUCAAGCUCUGCAUUUCCUGGCGUUUCUUCGAGAUACCGAGCAGGUAUCCGACCGUCAUCAACGUUAUUAAGGGGACAACCUACUGUUAGGCACGACGAUCAAGAAAAUGACGCUAAUGAAUUUACUACAACUACGCUUUUCACGGAUGAAACACCGUUCACGGAAUAUUUCGAUGGUGAAACUGUUACUACUCCUUUGCAAACUACGACAGAAUCGUCCAGAAGAUCCACGAAUCCAUUAUUAAGAUUCCGUAGACCUAUUAAUUUAAACAAUAAUGGCAGAUCAGUAACUACUCCAAGACCACCGGCAACUACAACGCCGAGACGAUCGGGUAAUUUAAAUAGACCAAGUGCGCCGACAGUUCCUAGAGCGAACAGUGGACGAACAAACGCUAGAGCGACUCCUCCAGUGUCUACACGAAGUCGACCAAGUAAUACAGGCCUCUUUCCACCGCGCGGAUUUCUUGGUAGAAAGCAAGAAGUAACUACUGAGGAACCGAUUGAUUCAAAUGAGGAACACGAAGGCGAGGAUGACGGAAUCUUCGAAGGCGAGGCCGUUGAAGAAAUAUCGGAUAACGAUUACGAAGGCUCGGAACAUGAGGACAGAAGGUCAAAUGUGAAUCGUCGUUCUGGGAAAGCUACUGGACCCGUUGUACAAAUUAGACCUUUUGGAUUCAGAACAAGAAGAGUUCGUCGUCAAGCUAGUCAAUUGAGAACGUACAGCAGUCGCUUUCGUAGACCCACUCAACCUACUGCAAGUGAGAGAUCUGAUUCGUUGGAUGCUUUAGCGAGUAAAGAAGAUAGCGCAAAGUCAGCAUCAAAGCCUCUCGCACGAUAUAAUAAUCGUGCACGGAGCUUAACACCACAACAAAAAUCUCCAGAUCAAAUAUCAGCAGAAACAACAGAGUUGGCGAAUCAGCAGAGCAAAUCUAGAACAAGAUCAAAACAGUCGAAUGGAAAUAGAAACGGAUCUGUCCGAAUAAAGCCAUCACCAACUUCAGGCAACGGCAGACAAUUUACACUGCGGGAAAAGGAUUCCUCUUCAAAUAGAUACAAAAGGCCAACUUCUGGUCCGAGAACAAAUGGCAGAGCUACGAAUAAACCAACUGAGAACGGAAGAGUAAGACCACCAAGACUACGAAACGGAUCAAAAUCUCCAACUGAAUCUCCAAAUUCUCGAAGAGUACCACCCUCUCGCGCGACUUCAAGAUCAAAUGGAAGAAAUGGAAACAGAAGAACACCUACGAGAGGUAGAGGGUCUCAUGAGGACAUCCGAGAAUCGCCUACAGUAUAUCCGAAUUUCGAUGGCACCAUAACCGUGACACAUUAUGUACCCACAGAAGUCACGAUUCCCGUGGUGAAUAACGGUAUUACGGAACAUCGAAAUAUCAUAACGGCACAACCCAGUACUGAGGUCCUUGGGCCUUCUCAAUAUAGCACAGUAACAGCAGGAGAUGGCAAGCCGCUCGUUGUGAUCGUUAGCGAAGUGACAGGCACUAAUGUUCAAGGCCAGACUGAAGUUACACGAUUUUUGCUUCACGAAACACCUACCACUCGCAUCUCGCACACCCUCACGAGUCUUGCCGGUCGCCGCGUCUCUCAAUCAGUAAUUGUACCUACAACAGUAUAUUCCGUGGAGAAUAUAGUUUCCACAGUACAACCUUCCUUGCCCGGCAAUGCUCCCCUUGCCAAUAUUCUUCUGUCGCAAUUACUAUUGGGUCAGUUAGGGCCGAAUCCUCUGCUGCAACCUCAAGCCACACCUACCACGCAAUAUAAUACACGCACCACGUCCUACGUCACUACAAUAACGAAACACCAGAGCACUGUCAUUCCUCUGACUUUCCGCGGGAAGGAGAUUCUGACGACCCUGGUCGAUUCCUCGACCAACGUCGUUACCGCGACGGAAUUCAUAACGGACACCGUUGUGGUAACUCCAACAGUCGCAAUACCAGCGGCCAACUUAAAUUCCCUUUUGUUAUUGCUUCAACAACCUCAGCCGCAGCCGCAGAACUCCAAUCCGUUAUUGGAUCCUUUGUUCGCGGCUGCUCCGUUUACACAGAGCAACACUUUACCGGGAGAAGUCGAAAGAAGACACCAACCAGCUGAUUCCGAUUAUAGACAUGACAGUUAUGAGUAUUCCGAGGAGGAAUAUGAAGUGGAGGAAUAUCAGAAGCCUUCCAGACGCAGUGGACGUGGUAAGCCGAAUGACAAAAAGAAGGAGUCCAAGGCCUCCGCGGCUUCCAAGGCAGAGUCCAGCGUGGUGACGCUUUAUGUUUCCGGUCGCAGACCCGGGGAGUUUAGCACUGUCCUGAGUACUGUAAAAGUCGGCGAUUCCGCCAGCACGUCCAGAAGACGAAGAGAUGUUUUAGAAGCAGCUGUCGAAGUCCGACCUUCCAUAGCGCCGUCGUUGCACGCCAGAGAAGAGGCCGUUGCCAUUUUGACAGGAAGUGAAGAUUCUAUCGACGCACAUGCACCAACACAAAGUCUUGAGAGCGUAGUGGAGACAAGUGGAAACGUCGCCUUUGCAGGUGAUUUCUACGAUGAGUCGGUGCAAUAUGGAAACACGAACAUCGAACGCGAGAGGGAAGGCAUCCUUAACGUAUGGUCCACAAACGAGGAUGAUAUAAAUAUAAGAAAAGCUAACGUGGAUAAUAACGAAAAAUCUCUCGAAGAGACACCACGAAAACGUGUCAGAAUUCGAGUGCCCGUGGUGCGUAGUAGAGAUGCUAAGCAACACAAGCUUACAGUUGUUAGGCGCAGACCUGUAACACCUUAUACAAAGAAUCUUGCGUACGCGUCUGCCACGCACGCACCACGAAGAAUCGUAGUAACUCGUGUCAGGACUCUUGGAUCGGACCAAUCGAUCUAUCCAACUGACAUUCCAGACUUGCAGAAUUAUCAGUCUUCCAGCGGAAGGCAUAAAGUGACCAUAACUAGACGCAGAAAACUCCAGUCCAAAUUGAUACCGUCAACUUCAUCGAAGCAUAAGAUUAGAGUAACUAGAAAGAAAUUAGUUGCGGUGCGACCAAUAACACCGACGCCGACUUUUGCCAUUAUUACUACUGGAUUUUUCACCGUAGCUUCUUCCAAGUAUGAUGACGAAUAUUCAGAUGAAGAAGAGAAAGAUGAAGUUAUUAAAGACAGAGAUUCUGCAAUCACUACGCCCAGUCUUGAAGAAACGCCAAAUCUUAUUGAUAAUAAACCGGAAGAGAGAGCGAGUUUCGUAUCAGUGGGAGGUGGCUUCACUGCUUUACCUGAAGAAAGCAUGUCGAACACACCAGUGAUCAUUACUGAUAAUUUCUUUUUCCCUGCGUCCGAUGAGGAAGAUGACAGGGAUGAUGAAGAAUACGAACAUGAUUAUCCUGACACGACUACCACGACUGAAAAUAUCGAUGAUAGUUUAAUGAAAGAUGAGCAAUAUCCCAAAAUAAUUUCUUCUAAAGACGAAGAUAAUAUUGUAUCUAAUAAAAGCGAUGUUGAAAUGCUGACAAAGAUUGAUGAUAUUGCCGUAACGACAAAACCAAUCUAUCAAAUUACGUCAGAAAAAUCACCUGAUGAACAAGCAGUGAGAACAACUCAAGAAUUCGAUGUUACAUCGACAAACAUAACGGAAUCAAUCGAUACUGUUUUAGGCGACAACAACGCUACUACCAAGACAUUAACUAAACUUGAUACAUUAAAUAAAGAUUUAACAACUACUAUGCCUGUUUCUAUCGAAGAAGAUGAUGACAAUAAAUUUACAACAAAAGAAUACACUACUAUGGCCAGUUUUGAAGAGCAAAGUACUUUCAAGGAUGAUACUACUACGUUGAAUGUGCCAGACGGACUAACCGAAUCUAUAAGACAUCUUGAUGAAGAAAACACUACAACAGACGAUGCAAUGGCAACAUACAUCCCUGUCACUGAGAUGACAACACUUGAUAUAAAAAAUAAAGAUCAAAACUUGAGCAAAACCGUUGAAGACUCGACAGAACGCAGCACGAUUACGCAAGCAACCAGCGAAAUCCCAGAAGAGAUGUUGACAGUACAACCCAUACAACUAGAUAGCAAAGCUGAUUCUAACUCGACUUCGACUUCUGCAGUCGAAACAGUCCCUUCACCCGAUUCUACAAUUACGCCAAGAUACCAGAGUGUUAUACCACUCGAGGCUACGAAAUCAUCAGUGCAUGAUACCGAUACGACAGAUCAUCUUGAUUCGUACAUACCCAGCGUGAUACCGUUGAGCGUGAAUUACACUCAUGAGAAAUCGUCAGUCUCCGAAACUUCCGUACUCGAGACAAUUCCCGUGACAAAAAUCACCACCAAGAUCGCGUCACCCACGCCAGAAGAGAUCGAGGCCGGACUUGCGGAUGAUCUUUACUUGUCACUGUCCCGCCUCGAUUUCCCCGAGAUCUUGCCAUCUAAACCGGCCACGAUCGACUUAAUGACCGAGUCCAUGACAAAUCUCGCGUUGGAACCUAGUACAGUAAGCGUUUAUUAUACUGAAACAGUAGUGACAUCGACGCGAUUAAGGACGUAUACGUACGUAGUGACGCAACUUAACGGACUGGAAACUAAAGUGACAUCGUCGACGACCGUACGACCGAGAGUGACGACACUUACGCUGACGGUGCCCAUCACAGUGACUGUGACUCCUACCGUGGAGUCGUCAGCCAACGUCAUAUCGUCUGUGUAUAGUCCAGUACCCGCUGCCGCAGAGUAUGAAGCAAAAGAUGAGGAAGAAGGACGCAGAUUCAAUCUAGCGACCCGCGUAAUGUCAAACGGUGUGGAAGUUAUCGUAGCUGGGCCCACUCCGGCUCUACGAUGGGAGAAUUCGAAUCCUCAACCUACCCUCACCUUGUCAGACGCGGUGGUCAUGCUCCUCCCGCAGGAUAAACCAAACGAGUUUGUCACGAAGACUUGCACAACAACUUUCACGUAUCUCAGCACGAUCACUAAAGAUGGGACGACUACCGUCUCUACAGAGCAGCAGGUGGUGGCAAACACAGCGACAGAAGAACGACAUAGAAAACCUGGGUCUGAAACGGCAGCCGUGACUUUGGAGGCAUCUCCAACUUUGCGUACUGAAGUAUUUAAAACAACUUACACGUAUCUGACUUUGAACACAGAUCACCGGGAUGUAAAUGACGCCUUAGAAAGUAGCACGAAAGUCAUAACAAACACGGUUACUGCACCGCAGCAUUACCUAGACAUGAUUCUUGAACCAUCAGAAGCACCGCAGCCGGAAACUAAUACAUACCUCAGUACUAGAGUGCUGGAAAAGACAUUUAUAGAAGAAGGUCGAACGAAAAUAGAAACGGUCAGCGACACAAUUACUCAGUUAAUAGUAACAGAAUCAGCACCUCCGCCACGACCGACCAGCGUCACGACUACCUUGACUGCCUUGGACAACACCGACGGUAGUGUAACGGAUACAACGAAAACCUAUUACAUCACGUAUACGUACUUCAACACCUUUUUGGAAAAAGGAAGUACAGUGAUUCGUACGAACGUAGCCACAUCAACUGACGUAGUACUGGAGAAAGUGCCGGUACGAAAAACAACCAUGAAAACUGCUCCAAUCAAUGCUACUCCAGAACCCAUACAGAUCUUCGCUACUAAAACGUACCUUACUACCUUCACUUACUUUACGACAUUACUACAGGCUGGUCCAGACGGCGAAACAUCAACAACCGUAACGUCUCGUUCGCAUAUCGUUGAAAAUGUCGUGACCGAAUCGAUAGCUCCAAGUUUAUUAGAUGCCGGUUACAUGAAUGCUUUGUUGACAACCGCACACCAUUCAGAUCCGGUGAAAAAUGUCGUCACUGGCUCAACGAUCAUCUUUUUUGAUGAAGAAGAUCAAAUUGAUCCAACCGCGACUACGAAUCUGGAAACUUCGGAAACAUCCUCCUUUACGGAAAUGAAAAAACACGAGACAAGCUCCAUGAGCACAACGGCUGCAGCAUCAUCGGCGAUUUUGUCAGAAAAUAUUGGUGCUGAUGUAAAGCCAUCAGAUUUAAUUAAUAAGCAGGAUAACAAUGGUACGACAUUAUUGGCAAGCAAUGAACAAAACAAACAACCCAAUCCUCAAUCCGGAGACGAUCUUCAAGUUAGCAAUCUUCUUAAUUUGGGUUCCUUGGGAAUUAAUAGCUUGUCUGCCCUGGGCCCAGUUAUCACGGCGAUGGCUGGAUUAUUACAAGGAAAAACUGCAGCUAGUCGCAGAAACGAUACUGCACCUCUCACAGACGCCCAAGAAGUCACAACGCAAAGAUCUCCAAUUUACAUACCCGUUGCAGAAUUCGCUGAUGGUGAUAUAGAAACCGCAGAAAGUCAACAUAUUGCUGCCCAUCUGGCAAAUCUCAAUCAUAAUUAUAUUGCCGAGACACGCCACAAAGUUGCCAGUAGUCUUGCCGAUGGUAUACCGAUAUCUCCGGGUGAAGUGAUCACUGCAAAUAGUGACGUUAUUAUAGGAAAGCCGGGAAAAAUGGCGCCGAGGCCACCACAAACAUUUUUGAAAGAUGAAAAACAUAUCGGCAUGAAACCUCCACCAUUACCAGUACCAAAUAUUCCAGUACAUCCUGUCUUGGAAGUCCUAGAAAAUGAUCGCGAUACUCAACCGCAAGCCGCGCAAGGUCCACAGAUACAGAUCUUGCCGGCGCAUCAGAUUUAUGAAGAACAUUUAAAUGUGCCAGUUUCCAUUCCUCUUGAUAUAGAUCAUGCACUUUCUAAGAAACCUCAAAAAUUGUUCCCUGUCCAAUCGUCACCGCCCAAAAGAAUUGUAUCCAAGCAAGAUAUUUUAGAAAAUGACCCCUUGCUAAAGCCACCUGAUAGACCAAAUGUGGAACAAUAUGCAAAUCCCAAUGUGAACCAUAAAAUUCCAGAAUGGAAUCCAGAAAAAUAUAGAAGGCCAUGGAGCGCUAAGGAUCCCUUAACACCUCCUUUGCCACCCGUAAGAUAUUUUUUUUAAAUAAGAACUUUUUUUCUUUGUAUUAUAAACCGUGAAGUGCAGCAAUACAUGAUAAUUUCUUUCAAGAUUCAUCCAGAACAACCAAUUGAAAAACCUCGUCCAACUACAUUGCUUGUGGAAGAACAAAAACGGCCGCCGUGGGCACAAAAAGAUCCUUUAUUGCCAGAUAGUUCUAUCGUCAUUCAGGAGUCAGAAUCGAAACCUAUUUUUACUGAACCAAUAGUUCAUCAAAUACCACAUGUCAUUGACAGAUCGACUGGACAACCUUUGUUAGUUAAUAUACAACCAAGUCAAGUAGCUAACGUUGUGAUUCCUCAAGGUGGAACACAAGCUCUGAUUUUUGGAGACACCAACGAGCCUCAUAUAAGUGGUCAAUAUUUCGAUGAUCCAUCACCUUAUCCAGAACCAGAAGUUGGGCCAGGUUUCGUUGGCAUUCAAAAGGUCGAAGAUUUACCACAAUAUUCAAGCGAGAAAAAUCCAGCUGAUUUUAUGCUUCCACCGUCACCACCUAUCAACUUUAAGCCUGGUGCUCCGAAACCGAGUUUCUCCAAUCGCCCACACGCUACUCUACUGUCGUCCGUACGCGUUGAUUACGGAAGACCGCAAGAAGUACAAGAAACACCUUUAUUGCGACCUGAUAAAAGACCAUCAGAGGUUCACUUAAUCAAACGUCCUGAUGGAUCUGAAAGUUCUAGUCAAGGUCACGUACAUACGGAAAUCCUUGUGCACCAUAAACCGGAGACAAUAAACGGUCGACCACAGUCUCAUCCAUCUGUUCAUUCUCAUUCUAUUCAACCAUCAGUGCAUGGUCAUUUCCUAGAUGGUCAAAAUCCAGAACAAGCUCCACCUAGACGUGUAGAAGUUUCCACACCAGCUGAAAUUCCACAUCGAUACAUAUUGCCUGGCAAACCAGAUUCUGGAAACGAAAUAACAUUGGGAACUAACUGGAAAUCUGAUAAGAAGCCAAACAGAUUCGCAAUAAAUAGUCGUCCGAGGCCGCGACCCAUAUCAAGCCCGACGACCAAACGUCCCCUGGAUAGACAUGUCGUUGUAGAACGACCUACUGGUUAUCCUCUGGUCAGGAAACCAACCUAUCCUGGACCACAGAGGCCUCCGAUAAAAACACAAAACAUUUUUGCAUUACCACAUCGCCCACCAAUUAGUCAAUCUCAUCAAGAGUCUACUAGAGUACCGCCUAAAUUGUUCAUUCAGAUAGAUCCUCAAAAUAGACCACCAUACAUUUAUUCUGACAAAAUAAGCGUGAGUAAUAUUCCAGUACCAAAUACGCCAACUGAACAGAACGAUUACGUGCCAACUGGAGCAAUAGAAUAUCACAAUCCUUUACAUCUAAAUCCGAUAUCAGAAGAAAACAAACAUUCUCACGUACCCUCUACGAAACCGCAAUAUACAUCAUCAGAAGAUAAUUCCGAAAAGUGGCAAACCAAUACGCAGUCUGAACAGACAUUGUUGGAUUCCGACAUUGGUGCUUCGGAGUAUGUAAAUUAUCAGAAUAAUUAUAAACAAGGAAAUAAGAAACAGGAGACUAAUAAUCAGGGCAAGAAUGCUACGAUAAAUACUGCGUAUUCUCAAGAUAAUAAUCAAACCUUAAAAUUACAAACUCCGUAUGGAACAGUCGUUUCCAUCAAUGCGAUUAUGGGCAAACCGCUAGAAGUACAGCAAGCGGAAAUCGAUGGAAAAAUAUUACUCCAAAAACCUUACGAUGCUGACCCUUAUAACACGAGACCUUACGACUUGCCUAUACUACAAGGCAAGCCGUUUGGAGUAUACAAUGUACACGUGGACUCUGUCACACCUUAUGGCUAUAAACGAAAAGAAGAUAAGCCCAUUCAUGACAUAGUUCACGGAAUUCAUGUUUCUGAUAAUGGAAAUAUAAAUCCAACAUCAAAAACGCAAGUCGGAUAUACCACAGCAUCAAAUUCGCUCAAACACGAUGAUACUAUGGAUCUGAAACCACCAGCAAUCACACCUCAAUUUGCUACUGAAAUAGAUAAAUUAGAAAGACCGUAUCACAGGCCGAUUAGGCCUGAUUCAAGACCCGUAUUGUAUCGCAAACCGGAAAUAGUGACAAAGCCGCCUAUUAAAUUAGAAGUUAGACCCGAUUACACCGUGAAACGUCCAGAAAAUAUUAAACCGAAUACUGCAGAAACUUUCAUUAAUCAAACAUUGGACCACAAAAUAAAAGUAAAUCAUGAUCUUCACGAUUGGAAUGUAGAUGUAAUAACGUCGGACAUUCUAAAAUCCCAACAAAAAUUGUCAACGGGGCACUCAUCCCAGUCUACUAAGAUUAACGUGGAAAUAACUAAGAAUAAGAACAGCACCGCAUCUCGUCCGACAACAAUCGGAAGCAAUCGUCCGGGCAUUAUUCGGCCGGAACAUGGAACAUUUGGAACAAGAGUGCAUCCAGAAUAUCCGCAUAUCUUGACAAAACCAAAGCCUCAAGUGCCGAAACCAGUAAUCGUUUCGAGUGGUUCCACGGGAUUGGAAACACAUAACCGUCCGAACAUAAAGUUUUCUAUGCCAGUCGAGGCCAUAGGUGAGGAAGUGGACAGUAAGACGCAAACUGAAAGGCCGCCCAGCAUGUUAAUUAUAAAGAACAAUCUGUCGCAUAAUAAGAAGAAUAAUGAAACUCUAAACACAGCGUAUCAAACGAAUUUCGCAUCUUCAGAGUCUCAAAAUAAGCAAGAUGAAAUCAAGAGAAGACCAAUUAAUAUCAAGGAGAUGAACGUUCCCUCCAGAGAUAUGAUGCCACCACCUUUGAAUGUAGGGCCCAACCAAUCGAACAAAGAUGAGCAAGGAGGACUUAAACCUCCUCCGCCGCCGUCGAGCGAUGUAUUUGGACUAUCUCCGCCGCCAGUAGAUAUCACUACUACUCAUAUACCGAUAGAAGAUAGAUUCGCUUUGAUAACGACCAGCGAAUCAGGCCUGAAGCCACCAAAAUAUAUACCUCUAAAAGAAUCGACAACGGUUGCACCACCUCUGCCUAACAUGGUUCCACCCAGUCCGAGACCGUCACUCACUAGGCCUUUCCUUGUAGAAUUGCUAUCGCAGGAUAUUCUGCCACCACCACCGGUAUUAACAACAACGAAACCACUUGAAAUAGCUACCGUAAGACCAGCUGUCGCGGUUUCUGGUUCCAUACAGAUAGCCACCGCUGUCGCUACGUCUCAUAUUCCAGUUGUCCACGAUAUUGAGUCCAAGAUACCAAUUAUUCACGGCACCGUUGAUCUUCCAGUCGUAGUUGAUGUUCCUGAAAUUCUCAGACCUGCAGAGACGCAAAUGACAGAACACGUUAGCAUUUAUACUGUGCGACCUUUCGACACAAGACCUGUAUCUAAAAUUGCGAUUCAAGCAACAUCAAUAUCGUUAACAAAUAUGGUAAUACCGACAAAAUUGAAACCGCCUCAAGUGGAGCAUAUUCAACCGACUAAAUCGUCAGUAAUUAUUGGUCACGAUUCAACGAAAUCGUAUGUGUUGAGCAUUCCUCCAAAUCCCGUAAAGCGGCCUGAGCAUCCAAUAUAUUUGGAAUCUAGCUACGAGAGCAUUUCACCAUCGACGAGACUGGAACCCACCGAGUCUUUAACAUUCAUUGGCACGAAUCAGAAGAAACAAGAAUACUCAACUGCAUCAAAUGUCGAAAUGACUGAAAAGUCCCAAGUAAUUAAAUACAACGUGAUAAACACGACAGCAAACACAGAAUCAUCUAUAAUAGCUACCAGAGUCGAUAGUUCAAUCACUAAAGUGACCAGCACGUUAAUGUCGGAUAACAGGAUGCGUCUUAAAACAAGUGAUUCAGCCACACAGAUGACGAAAGACAUUGCAGACACUACAGUUAGUGCCAUUCCUAAAAAUGAAUCCAGCACUGCCAUACGUAUGAAGCCAAAAGAGGUGACUCGAUUUAAGACAUUGACUGUAACGAGAACAAAAACAUCAGUGUUGGGUUCGCCACCAACAACGAGAACGCUUUUGCUCACGCACACGAUGACCACGACAACGGUGGAAACUGUGACAGAAACAUUAUUGCGUCCGACGAGCGUCGUGUCUACAGUGACUUCGACGAUCUUGCAAUCGAUCGUUACAAGGAUACCUUCGUCGUAUGAUAACGUCAUGGAUAAUGAUUCCAUAUUCGUCGUAAUGAGUGAUCAGAAACCACCUGCGCCUGGAGCGGAAGAGGUAUAAGCUCAACAUAUAUAUACAAUGAUUUUACUAAGCACAUAUUAUUUAUUGGAAUUUUAGGUGGAGGCUGAAUACGGAGAGGAAGUAUCUCGUGACGAACAGGAUCCAACGGGCAAUGAAAUUCAUAGAGUAUUGGCGGGUGGAGUAUUGGGAGCGCCAGUAGUGCCUCUCACACCUGUUGCAAAUCAGUGCACACCGGAAUGUAAAUCAUCUAAGUCUGAGAUGUGCGCCGAAGUAGAAACUGAGAUGAGAUGUAUAUGCCGGCCAGGAUUUGCGAGAAUGUUCCCAGAUCGUCCUUGCAAGCCGACUUAUACGUACACUCUACGAGUUGGUUUGGAUCGUAUUGGGCAUGAAUUAGUGACGUAUGAAGGUGUCUUAAACGAUUCUACAUCAGCAGUAUACAAACGUUUGGCAGUUCCAACGAAGGAUGCCUUAGAUAGAACCUUAAUGCAGAGUGACUUAAGGGAUGUAUACAGAGGACUUAAGAUCGCUGGAUUCUUCCCAAAUCCCACAAAAGUCGAGUUUCAUGUACAACUUAGCGAUAACGCUAACGAGACCAGACUGAAGGAAGUCCUUCGUAAAUAUUUAGUUGGAAGCAAUUACAGCCUAGGUGGUACGGAGGUGUAUGCCUCGAAAAAUCUUGACUUGAUUGAAGCUGUCGACUUCGACGAGUGUGCUUCCAAAGAAAAUGGUCCGCAUCACGAUUGUUCGCCUCACGCGGCAUGUUUCAACUUACGAGGAUCUUACCAAUGUUCUUGUAGAGAAGGAUGGGCCGAUUUGUCAGAAAAUCCAGCGUAUCCGGGAAGAGUAUGUUCUCAAGCUCCAUUAGGAUGCACUGGCUGCAAUAAUAAAGGUCAUUGUGUUACCAAUUCUCUCGGUCAAGAAGUAUGCGAAUGCUUCCCUUGGCAUAGCGGCCAACGUUGCCAAGUUAAUCUGAAAGUUUUGCUGAUAGCUCUGGUAACAGCCGGUGCAAUUUUGUUGGGUCUUUUGGCAAUCUGUGUGGGUAUGUCGUGUUUCCGUCGUCCGGGACGUGGCCAAAAGACCGGCGACAGACGAGCAAUGAUCCCAGGUACAGGUGGUGAUACCAGCAGUGAAGGUAGCGUCACUGAUUUGGCAAUACCCCAUCAUGUACCACACAUUUUACCACCGCCACCGCAAAUGAUCGCACCGCUGCCGCCGAACAAACGACCAGUUCGUAAGAUCAACGCAAAACCUCGUCAUCCACCCAGAAAAACUACUAUGGUACCUGCAGCAGUGAUACCAGUUAACGAUGAUCAGCGCGAUCGCUCCUUAACAGUCAUGAUCCCGCGUGCAAAAUAUCGAUCGGCACCGCAAUCACCACAAAAUUACAAAGCUGGUAUGAGCACGUUCGCCGCCGAAGAGCACAAACUCAUAAGUUACCUUGAUAAUGGCGCGAGCUCGCCGGCUAAUAGAAAACAGAGUAUAUCUAGCACGAAGGAUUGUAAAGAAGCUGAUUUGCAAGGAUCAAGAAAUCCGGCGACGCCCACGGGUGCCCUCGUAAGCGCCGGUUUUCAGGUAUCAGCGACGGUGACCCAUACUGCAGAUGCUGAAUCCACCUUGGCACGCUCUUGCGGUGAAACUACUGUGGAAACAGCAACGAAGGUAUUGAGAAGCGCAGAUCUUCAAGUUGAUCUGGACUCGACUCUGGCUCGCUCAUGCGGCGAAACCACCAUACAGGCUCCGACAAAGCUUCUCAGAUUAGACUUGGGCGAGGCUGGCUCCACUUUGGCAAGAUCUUGCGGCGAAACGACGAUCCAACCGCCGACGAAAGUCGCUGCUGUGCGAAGAAACAGCGUCAAAGACGCCAGAGAUAACAGGGACAUCAGGGAUAGCGCCAGCGAAGGUCACACCAUGGCUGAACGAGAUUUAGGCAGUACAUUGAGACUUCCGGCACAGCAUCCGCCACUAUACAGUCCGGAUAGGACUAGCGAUCGGGAAUCCAACUUCGAUUCGCUCUAA